CGAACGAAGGCCGGAAGUUCGCGGUGAAACCCAACAGCCCCAAGAAGGCCGUGGAAUACUCGAACCGCAUCGGCACCGGCGACCUCCAGGGCGGCAUGCCCUCCCACCCGAGUCCCCGGCCGUCGGAGGUGCAGAAGGAGGAAAGCUUCAACUGGGCGAAGAUCCUCACGCUGGGGCUUCAGUUCGUCUACAAUCUCCUGAACCCCCCCGCCGUGGAUAAAAUCGGCGAGGGACCCAGCCUCCAGAGCAUGCUGACGGCAGCCAUGAGCAUCUUCAUGGGAGUCAAGGACCCUUCGGAGGUGGCCGUCGUCGCAAAGCAAGCCGGAGAGCUGAUCAACCUGGUCGUGACCCUGCUGGACGCCCUGAAGACGUCCUUCAGCCAGAGGGCGCUGGAGGCCAGGUCCCUGGGGAUGCCUUACUCCGACGCGGCCAUCGCCGGGAUCUCCCUUCUCAAGGGCUACGCGCGGACGUUCCGAACCGGCGAUGACCUUUGCACGCAGCGGGUCAUGUGCGAGGCGAACCGGGAGUGCGUCACCGAUUCGCUCAAUGGGGGAUAUCCGUUCUGUCAGCUCGGAUCAUACCUCGUGUCGUGGGCCCUGGACCGACAGACGAGGAUCCCGUUCGAGGCUUACACCGAUGCUGCGAGGAGGGGACGGUCGCUCGAGGAAUGCCAAAAGGUCUACGCGUGCGACAAUCAAAUU